ACAAACCACAUUGCAUUAUUCUCCUCUCACACCUCCACCAACCCUCCCCAAAUCUAAUCUACAAUCUAGCUAUUCCUAUCUAUCUGAACAGAGCAGAGGACAGAGAAACAUAAAGAGGAAAAAAAGGUCAGUGUCUGUUUUCUGGAAAAGUCCAGCUUCCACCUCUAGGGUUCCUUUGCUUGAACUAAAGCAAUAUUUAAACAUAAAUUUUCUGAAAAAGGAACAGAUCUUGUCCUCAUUCACUUUCUUGUCAUGUGCAGCUGAAUUUGCAGACCUGAAUUGUGCUUGCUUAGUACAUUGUCUAUCAACUUAUUAAGGAGCAGGCCGGAGUCGGUUAGAAGAUGGGUUAUUUAUGUGAUUUUUGUGGAGAGCAGAGGUCCUCGGUGUACUGCCGCUCGGAUGUUGCGUGUUUAUGCCUGUCAUGCGAUCGGAAUGUUCAUUCUGCUAACGCCCUUUCUAAGCGUCACGCGAGAACCCUUGUAUGCGAGAGGUGUAAUUCACAACCUGCAUAUGUGAGGUGUGCUGAUGAGAAAGUUUCGCUUUGUCAGAACUGUGAUUGGUUGUCUCAUGGUGCCGCUCCGUCUUCUUCAACACACAAGAGGCAAUCAAUCAAUUGCUACUCUGGCUGCCCUUCAGCUGCAGAACUUUCUUCAAUGUGGUCAUUUUUCUCGGAUAUUCCUUCUAUUGGUGAAGCGUGUGAGAAGGAACUUGGUUUAAUGAGCAUAAAUGAGAACACUGACAAGAGUGCUUGGGUUCCUCCAGAAAGCGAGAAUGUGUCUGGUUCAGCUCAAGUGACUGAUUUACCCAACAAGGACAAAUCUUGGGUUGGUACAUCUUCAGCACCCGAGUCAAGCUCAGAACCUCGUGUUCUGGAACAAGCACCUGGACCUGCCAAUGAAUGUAUGCCCAAGUUACACUGUCCCGCCAAAAAAACUUCUGAACUAUGUGAAGAUGAUACUGUGUGUGAUGAUUUCAACAUAGAUGAAAUGGAUCUUUUUUUAAAAGAUGAAAUGGAUCUUUUUUCAAAAGAUGAAAUGGAUCUUGAACUUGAGAACUAUGAGGAACUUUUUGGUAUGGCUCUCUGUCAUUCUGAAGAGCUUUUUGAAAAUGGUGGAAUUGGUAGCUUAUUUGAGGCAAAGGACAUAUCUGCUAGUGCUGGUGAUUCCAAUUGUCAGGGUGCUCUCACUGCUGAGGGGUCAUCAGUUGCGUUGGGAAAUGCCAUGAAACCAGCAUGCAGCACUGCGGCAUCUGCAGAUUCAAUGUUAAGUACUAAAACAGAACCAAUUAUUAGUUUUGCGGCAAGGCAAUCCCAAUCAAACAUUUCUUUUUCUGGCGCUGCCAAGGAUAGCAGUACUGCUGACUAUCAAGAUUGUGGUGCUUCUUCAAUGCUUCCCAUGGGAGAACCUCCCUGGUGUCCUCCUUUCCCUGAGAGUUCUCUGCAUUCUGCUAAUCGCAGCAAUGCUGUCAUGCGUUAUAAGGAAAAGAAAAAGAACAGGAAGUUUGAUAAGAGAGUAAGAUAUGCCACUCGCAAGGCAAGGGCUGAUGUUAGAAAACGUGUGAAGGGUCGGUUUGUCAAAGCCGGAGAUGUCUAUGAUUAUGACCCUUUGAGCGAAACCAGAAGCUACUGAGGGCACUCCUUUUAACCAUGUUCUGUAAAAGGAAAAGGGACUCAUAUGGUUGCAAAAGUAAAACAGUUUUCCUUAUCUGAAAAUGGAUGAAAUCUGGUUCAUUCUUUCUCAGUGUGACAAGCUGUCUGAUUUUACCACAGGAGCGUCAAGGGAAAGACACAGUACAGGCUCAGAGCGGAUUGUGUCCUUUGCCGGAAAGGAUACCCUGGUUAUGAUAUCAGCUGACAUUGAAAAUAUCAGACAAAGUGCCCCCUCAGGCAAUGUGUCUUGAAUUUUUUUUUGCCUUUAACUAGGCAAGUUCUGCUUGAUUCUAAUCGAGUGCACAAUUCUUUUGUAGUCCUUUGGCCAUGAUCUUGUCAUGGUUUUGUCAUUUGCUCUCAUAUCUCUUCUAAUCUAAGUCACAUGUAGAAGUUCCCUUGAUGGCAUGAUAAGUGGCUCAUUUUGAUUUUUCUGGAUAAGCUAGAAUGUUGUAGGCUGUAACAUUUUCCCCCUCUUGCUUUGCCAUGUAUAGCACAGAAUAUGCACAUAUGCAGAUAGGGGUGUAAUUGUAUGACAUUUUGUGAUUUAAGGGCUAUGUAUAGAAUAGGAUGUUGUUUAUCCUGAUCACAGGAAAUGGUCUAUAUUGGACAUGUAUCAUGUAUCGAUAAAAGUUUUGUUUGUA